AUCGUUACUUUUCCUAUCCUAACCUGACUAACGUCAUGCUGCUAAAUGUAAACUAGUGCUGGGUAGUUCUUGGCGUGUUUGGUAUAGUGAAUGUUAGUUUAUAUUUGUGUAAAUAAAUGUUGAAAAAGAUUCGACAAAUUAAUGUAAAAAGCAAUGUAAUAUCUUUAUCUUCCGUGGUUAAAAUUAAUGUUGAAGCCUUGAAGGUUGAAUCAAUAAUUAUUUUUCAGGUAAAAUAUUGUUAGAAAUGGCAAAUUUUCCUCCCAAUAUGGGCCAACCCUACUUUUGGGGUUCAGCAGUUUCUCAACCACAAAACAUGAAAUAUUAUCCUGUACCACAACAAAAUUUGCCACCUCCAAAUUUUCCACCCCCAAAUUAUAGACAACCUCCACCAUCAUAUAACAUGCCUGUCUCUAAUUUAUAUGAAAACAGACCUGGAAACUUUGCUCCACCAUAUAAUAAUACAAUGGGAACAUACUAUCAGAAUGAGGUUCAAAAUACUUAUUAUGAUGCUCCCUAUCAGGAUCAAACAGAUGUACAAUAUGACAACCAGAAUUAUGGAUUAUGUAAUUACUCUCAAUCAGUGACUGGAAAUUACAAUUCAACAUGGGAUGAUGGACCUACAUAUCAGAAUAAUGGCAAUACAGAAUGGAGUACUAAUACGUACACAUCGGAUUGGUAUAAGUCACAAGAGAAUAGAGCUUCUUGGUAUGAAACAAAUAAAACACAAGAAGACGAUACAAAAGCGGGAUAUAAAAGAUAUAAUGAUCCACCGAGAAAUCGAAGAUUUGAAUCAAGAUCGAGAGACAGAGAACCCUCAAUUAGUUCAUCUCGUUCAAGUAACAGAAGGCGUUCUAGAAGCCGUGAAAGAUCAAGAGAAAAAAGGUCGAGCAGAUCUCCAUAUAGAUCAAGACACGAAUCGCAGAGAGAUAGUUAUUCGAAGCAUUCUAGAAACAGAUCAACGUCUAGAGAACGUUUACACGGCGAAACAGAUUCUGAGAGAAGAUCGUUGUACAGAAGAAGUUCACAUACGGCACGUUCUCCAAGAUCGUUUACAAAUUGCAGAAACGCAAGAAGAUCAAGAUCUCUAGACCGUCCAUCUUACAAAUCUAGAACAGCUAGUCCGAACAGGAAUUCCUCUAAAAAAGAUCCAACUGAAAGAGAAUUGCUUCUAGAAAAAUAUAGGCAAGGCUACUGCGCCACGAGUAAAGAUAUGGAGAGGAAAAUGGAUGAAUUAUCUGCAAUGGGAACCGAAGGUAUUAUGGAGAAUGCCAGGAAAGUUUGGACACGUACAGCACCAGCAGAUUUGUACUAUACUAGGGAUGAGACUAAUCCAAAAAUAAUGAACGGCACGCCUAAAUUGCAUGAAUUAUGCGAUUUAUUUAAAAAUGUGCUGUUAGACAGAGCUAAGGCUGCAAGAAAUUUGCAGACCCCUUACGAACCACCUCCGAGGAAAACCAGAGCUCGUUUGUGCAGGCAUAAGUCCGAGGCGUGCAGCAGUUCUUCUUCCGAUAGCGAGAGCUCGAUGGACGAAGACGAUAGGAUGAUGGAGGAAUUAAUGGCAAAGAAGCAACAUCCGCACAGAUUACAUCCUGAAAUGUGGUUUAACGAUCCUGGAGAAAUGAACGACGGGCCCUUGUGUAGAUGUAGCGCGAAAUCGAGGAGAUCUGGUAUCCGACAUGGAAUUUACGCCGGAGAAGGUACAAUAAAUAAGUGUGACUUAAAUGCGAACAACGCCGAUAAAUUAUAUCAUUAUCGGAUAACGAUCAGUCCGCCAACGAACUUUCUUACUAAGACACCGACGAUUAUUAAGCAUGACGAGCACGAAUUUAUAUUCGAAGGAUUCUCCAUGCUCUCGCAUUUUCCAAUUGUAAAAUUGCCGACUUGUAAGGUGAUAAGGUUUAACAUAGAGUAUACCAUUCUGUACAUAGAUGAAAAAUUACCGGAAAAUUUCACUAUUCGAGAAUUGGAUUAUUUUCAAACCUACUUGUUUCAAGAAAUACUGGAACUUGUUGAUUUUGAUUUAAAAGCAGCGCAGGAUAGAGAGGGUUGCGGCCAAUUCCAUUUUAUGCCAAGAUUCGUGCGCGAUUUGGCUGACAAUGGGCAGGAAAUAUUAUCCAUGAACGAGGUUUUGAAUUAUUUAAUAAAGAGUAGUAAAUUGUUAAUCGAUCCGAAUGAUCUGUCUAGGGUAGUUGAAAUGCCCCAAUACGAAUGGCAAAACAUAGCCGACGAAGUGAAGGGUAUGAUCGUUACGUAUCCUGCGAAAAAACCAUGCAGCGUUCGCGUGGAUCAAUUGGAUAGAAAUCAAACGGAUCACUCGCCCGGGGAAAUUGCUUACCCCGAAAUAGUACAUUUUGGAAUCCGGCCGCCGCAACUUAGCUACGCAGGAAAUGCAGAUUACCAGAAAGCUUGGAGAGAUUACGUAAAAUUUCGACAUUUGUUAGCUAACAUGCCGAAACCUUCGUUCGAAGAUAAGAGAAAGUUGGAAGCAAAAGAGAAUAAGCUUCAAGAAUUGAGAACGCAAAGUAAAAUGAAACGCGACGUUACCGUGGACGUUAGUUCUGAAGGAUUUUACAGAACCGGAAUAAUGUGCGACAUAGUACAACACGCUAUGUUGAUACCAGUACUUGUUUGCCAUCUGAGAUUUCAUAAAUCUUUAGACAAUUUAGAGCGUACAUUAGGCUAUGCAUUUAAGAAUAGGUAUCUCCUUCAAUUAGCGCUUACGCAUCCUAGCUACCGCGAGAACUUUGGCACAAAUCCAGAUCACGCGCGAAACUCUUUGACCAAUUGUGGAAUAAGACAACCGGAGUACGGUGAUCGUCGGAUACAUUAUAUGAAUACUCGUAAGCGUGGUAUUAAUACAUUAAUAAACAUAAUGUCAAGAUUUGGAGCGCGAACUGAGACUGAAUCAUCGAUAGCGCACAACGAGAGAUUAGAGUUUUUAGGAGAUGCCGUCGUCGAGUUUCUUACAUCGAUUCAUUUGUUUCAUAUGUUUCCUGAUUUGGAAGAAGGUGGCUUGGCUACUUACAGAGCAGCUAUCGUUCAAAAUCAGCAUCUCGCGGUGUUAGCGAAGAAAUUGAAUUUAGAAGAAUACAUGCUAUACGCUCACGGAAGCGAUCUUUGUCACGAUUUGGAAUUGAGGCACGCGAUGGCCAAUUGUUUUGAAGCAUUGAUGGGCUCGUUAUUUCUCGACGGUGGCAUAGAAGUAGCCGAUAGAGUUUUUGGAGAGACGUUGUUUAAAGAUGAGGAGGAUCUUGCCAAGGUUUGGGUAAACUAUCCAAAACAUCCUUUGCAAGAGCAGGAACCAACGGGUGAUCGACAAUGGAUACCAAGCUUCGAACUACUACAAAAAUUAACGGAGUUCGAAGAGUCUAUUGGCAUAGAAUUCACGCACAUUCGUCUUUUAGCCAGAGCAUUUACUGAUCGUAGUAUAGGGUACACAAAUCUCACGUUAGGUUCUAAUCAACGUUUAGAAUUUUUAGGAGAUACCGUGUUACAACUUAUAGUUUCCGAAUAUUUGUACAAAUAUUUCCCGGAACAUCAUGAAGGGCAUUUAUCCCUGUUACGAAGUUCCCUUGUAAAUAAUAAAACUCAAGCCGUUGUAUGCGAUGAUUUGGGGAUGACUCAAUACGCACUUUACGGUAACCCGAAGGCUGAGUUGAAAACGAAAGACAGAGCAGAUUUACUCGAAGCAUUUUUAGGAGCCCUUUACGUUGACAAGGGUUUAGAGUAUUGUCAGGUCUUCUGCGACGUCUGUUUCUUCCCGCGCUUGCAGGACUUCAUUAUGAAUCAAGACUGGAACGAUCCUAAGAGUAAAUUACAACAAUGUUGUUUAACAUUAAGAACAAUGGAUGGCGGAGAGCCUGAUAUUCCUGUGUAUAAAGUCAUCGAGUGUAAAGGACCAACGAAUACGAGAGUUUACACUGUUGCUGUGUACUUUCAAGGAAAACGAUUAGCGAAGGCAUCGGGCCAUAGCAUUCAAGAAGCAGAAAUGAAUUCCGCAAAAGAGGCACUAGAAAAAUCUCAAGAUUUAUUCCCGCAGUUGGACCAUCAGAAACGAGUGAUAGCAAAGAGCAUGAAGAUGCAACAGUGGCCGAAGGCAAAUAAACACAAGUCGAGAGGAAAAUCGAUAAAAUCCAAAGACAGACGUGAUGAUUCAGAUUGUACUCAACGGUGUAAAAGGAGUCGUAGCGAAGUAUAACACUUGCAAAUGAAGUUAGAACUCGUUUUGUACCAAAUGUAUAAUAAUAAUACCAUGUCUGAGAUAAUGAUUAAAAAUAAAUGGUGUUAUUAAUGUUGUAA